UGAGAGGUCAGCGGAGCUCCGGUCUGCAGGGGCAACAAUGGCGGGGCUCUGGGUCGGGGAGGCAGCGCUGGUCACAGCAGGACGGCGUGGACGGCGGUGGCCGCAGCCGCUGUUGCGGAGCGCGGCGCUAUGGACCCUGAAGCAUGUUCCACAUUAUUCAAGACGGCAUUUAGUGGUGUCUCGUAGUCUCUGUUCAGCGGGAUAUGAUUCUAAUGAAAAAACUUUUGAUAAAAUACUUGUUGCUAAUAGAGGAGAAAUUGCAUGUAGGGUUAUUAAAACUUGCAAGAAGAUGGGCAUUAAGACGGUUGCCAUCCACAGUGAUGUUGAUGCUAGUUCUGUUCACGUGAAAAUGGCGGAUGAGGCGGUCUGUGUUGGCCCAGCUCCCACCAGUAAAAGCUACCUCAACAUGGAUGCCAUCAUGGAAGCCAUUAAGAAAACCGGGGCCCAAGCUGUACAUCCAGGUUAUGGAUUUCUUUCAGAAAAUAAAGAAUUUGCCAAAUGUUUGGCAGCAGAAGAUGUCAUUUUCAUUGGACCUGAUACACAUGCUAUUCAAGCCAUGGGUGACAAGAUUGAAAGCAAAUUAUUAGCUAAGAACGCAAAGGUUAACACAAUCCCUGGCUUUGAUGGAGUGGUCAAGGAUGCAGAUGAAGCUGUCAGAAUUGCAAGGGAAAUUGGCUACCCUGUCAUGAUCAAGGCCUCAGCAGGUGGUGGUGGGAAAGGCAUGCGAAUCGCUUGGGAUGAUGAAGAGACCAGGGAUGGUUUUAGAUUUUCAUCUCAAGAAGCUGCUUCUAGUUUUGGUGAUGAUAGGCUACUAAUAGAAAAAUUUAUUGAUAACCCUCGUCAUAUAGAAGUCCAGGUUUUAGGUGAUAAACAUGGGAAUGCCUUGUGGCUCAAUGAAAGAGAGUGCUCAAUUCAGCGAAGAAAUCAGAAGGUGGUAGAGGAAGCACCAAGCCUUUUUCUGGAUUCUGAGACUCGAAGAGCAAUGGGAGAACAAGCUGUAGCCCUUGCCAAAGCAGUAAAUUAUUCUUCUGCUGGAACCGUAGAAUUCCUUGUGGACUCAAAAAAGAAUUUUUAUUUCUUGGAAAUGAAUACGAGACUCCAGGUUGAGCAUCCUGUCACAGAAUGCAUUACUGGCCUGGACCUAGUCCAAGAAAUGAUCCGUGUUGCCAAGGGUUACCCUCUCAGGCACAAACAAGCUGAUAUUCCCAUCAGCGGCUGGGCAGUUGAAUGUCGGGUUUAUGCCGAGGACCCCUACAAGUCUUUUGGUUUACCGUCUAUUGGGAGAUUGUCUCAGUACCAAGAACCAAUACAUCUACCUGGUGUCCGCGUUGAUAGUGGCAUCCAGCCAGGAAGUGAUAUUAGCAUUUAUUAUGAUCCAAUGAUUUCAAAACUAAUCACAUAUGGUUCUGAUAGAAGGGAAGCACUGAAAAGAAUGGAAGAUGCACUGGAUAAUUAUGUUAUUCGAGGUGUUACACAUAAUAUUGCAUUACUUCGAGAGGUGAUAAUCAACUCACGCUUUGUGAAAGGAGACAUCAACACUAAAUUUCUUUCUGAUGUGUAUCCUGAUGGCUUUAAAGGACACCAGUUAACAGAGAAUGAGAGAAACCAGUUAUUGGCAAUAGCUUCAUCCUUGUUUGUGGCAUCCCAGUUAAGAGCACAUCGUUUUCAAGAAGAUGAAAAUUCAAGAGUGCCUAUUGUAAAACCACAAGUGGCCAACUGGGAGCUCUCAAUAAAACUGCAUGAUGAAGUUUAUAAUGUCGUAGCAUCCAACAGUGGGCCAACAUUCUCUGUCUCCUAUUACAACAGAAAAACACCCCUAGAUACAGCUAAAUCUCUUCUUUACAUCAUCCCAUCUGCCUCUUCUUCCCCAGCGGUGACAGCUGUCCUGAAGGUGGAAGUUGAUGAGUCGAAACUAAAUGUGACCGGCACGUGGAACCUGGCUUCACCCUUAUUGUCUGUCAACGUUGAUGGCACUCAGAGGAUGAUACAGUGUCUUUCUCGAGAAGCAGGUGGCAACAUGAGCAUUCAGUUUCUUGGUACCGUGUACAAGGUGCAUAUCCUAACCAAACUCGCCGCAGAAUUGAACAAAUUUAUGCUGGAAAAAGCGGCUGAGGACACAAGCAGUAUUCUGCGCUCCCCAAUGCCUGGCGUGGUGGUGGCCGUCUCUGUCAAGCCUGGGGACCUGGUAGCAGAAGGUCAGGAAAUUUGUGUGAUUGAAGCCAUGAAGAUGCAGAACAGUAUGACAGCUGGGAAAACUGGCAAGGUGAAAUCGGUGCAUUGUAAAGCUGGAGACACAGUUGCAGAAGGAGAUCUGCUCGUGGAACUGGAAUGAAGUAUUUAUAGCCUUUCAGUCAUCACCCAAUUUAAUUAGCCAUUUGUAUUAUUAUUCUUUCACACUCAAUUUAUUCAAGCGUUUUGCAGGAACACCCCUGUGUAGCAGAUUUUACAUGGUCAUAUUUAUUCCACAUAUAGUCAAAACCAACAUUUGCCAAAAAAUCACCAAUGGAAAUUUUUAUUGAUAUAAAUACUUGUACAUAUGAUUUGUACUUCUGCUGUGAGAUUUCCUAGUGUCUAAAUUAAAUCAAUAAAACCGAGCAUUUGUCUAAAUAUUAGUUUGCCCUUUUUUUGAAUGAAGACAAUGUACAUAAGAGGCUAUGGGCUGUGCCAGUAGACUUUAAAUACUAGUGUUUCAUUGGGAUCCUUUUUAAAAAUUUAUAUAAAUCCCAGUUCUUGGCCCUCAGUUUCAUUAAGUUAGCAUUUGCCACUUUGUAACCUGAUUACCUGCUUCAUCCUGCUUGAGGACCUAACUCUUGCUUCUGGUAGUUCAUAACCUCUCGAAGCCCAGACAGCGCAGAUGACGGCCCUGGAAAUGGAAAUCCCUCCUGUGUGGCUCUAACGGUGAGCGUGGACCCCGAGUCCCCAGGGGCGACCCCCCCUCCCCGUCCCAGGGCACCGGCGCGGGUACCACUCGGGGCUCCCCCGGCCCAGUGAUGGUGGGCGGGGCUGCCACAGCUCAUCAGCUGACACCCAUCCUCGCCUUGCUGUGUUUUUGUGAAGCAAGUUUCCAAUUAAGAAAAAAGGGCUAAAAAUCACGAUCAUGCUUUUGUGCCAGAUGCAGUUAAAGAUCACAGUCUACCAUUAAGCUGAAGAGCGAGUGGGCUCUCCCAAUGGAGAACGAGGUUACUCGGGACCAGCAGCUGCGUUUUCACCUGGCUCUGAAAUUCAUAGGAUACAUUUCGUACAUUUGCUGGUAAGGAUGCAGAGGCAGAGUCGUGCGCUGAUCUGACUCUAACCCUGACAGAUUAUCGGGUGGAGGUGGGUAGUAAUUGGUACUUCGUGCCUUGCUAAAAUUAUUCUAGGUGCUGUUUGUAUUUGGAAGCGAAGCUUUCUGUCAGGCCUGAAGAACGAAUUACUAAUGUGUUGGUUCUUCUCUGAAAGGCCCGCCCCCAAACGCUGCUCCCUUGUGGGGGCAGGAACCGCGCCUUGCCCUGCGCUCCCGUGAGCUUCCGUCUGAAACUGGGGUGUUCAGCUGCUCUGCCGGCAAGUGGGCGCUUGCUAUUUUGCUAGAUGAGAAUGAAAAGAACCUUCUACCACAUAAGUAGACUCAAAAAGAGGGCCAACAAUAGCACCAAUACUUUUAUAUUUGAUUUCCCAAAACAUCUAGUUUUAAGUGAUCUUUAAUAAUCUCUGUAUAAGCCUGAUCUGAAGAUUAUGAAGAAUGAUGUUAUAUAUAUUCAGAAGUACUCUAAAAUACAGCGUGUUUUUCUUGAGGUUCUUUUAUUACAUUGAGAUGUCUAAAAUCAGCUUUAAAAAAAUUUCUCAGUGCUACAGGUCAGACAGAACUGAUACAGCAGGGCUGUUAGAAUCUAGCUGCCACACAAAGUCUUUAUAUUCAUUUUAAAUGUUAUCUUCAGACUAAAGCAAAGCAAAGCAAACAACAAAAGCAAAAACA